UGGCGGAACAAGUGACGACGUACCACGGCAAUCAACUCGUAUAGCAUUGUCGCGGACCUAUGCGUUCAUGUUCGACCUGAAUCCUGACUCGGUCGGUGUGGGCUGUUGUCGCAAUUGAAGUUGGUGGAAAAAGUGCCUCAAGGAAUAAAGUCCGUCGCAGUUCGCGGCGGAAGCUUUAAUUUGAGUGGGCAUCACUUUCCUCCGCAUUUAGCACUUGCUGUACGGAGAUCGCCUCAGAAGUGUCGCACGGUUUCUCACUUUUCUUCUGUUCGCACUCUCACAUCUCUCUGAGCACAGCAAGGAUGUCUACUACAGCUGUGCGCCGGCUAGCACCCACGGUUUUGCGACUGGCUACGAAGAGAACCAUUCCCCCCUCGUCAGUCGCACCUCGAUCGUGCCAAUGGAACGCUGUCUCCCGCAAUGCUUUCUCGUCAAGAUCAGCCCUCUACGUGAAGAAGUACACGGAGGACCACGAGUGGAUUGAGCUCGACUCAGAUGGCAAGACUGGAACAAUUGGAAUUACAGAAUAUGCCUCGAAAGCCCUCGGCGACGUCGUCUAUGUGGAACUGCCGGAGCUGGGUCUGGAAGUCUCGAAAGGCGACAGCAUCGGCGCGGUAGAAUCAGUCAAGUCGGCCUCAGAUAUCCUGACCCCUGUAUCAGGCACGAUUAAGGAUCACAACAAGGUACUAGAAGAGAAGCCCGGCACGAUAAACAAGAGCCCGGAAGGCGAGGGGUGGCUGGCGAAGAUCGAAGUCAGCGACUCGGCAGAGUUGGACAGCUUGAUGUCUAAGGAGGACUACGAUAACUUUGAGAAAGAGUGAACAUAAUACAAGCUGCUUGCGGCCCAACACAGAAUGGAGACGACACGAGAUGUCCGAGCGCCGUCCUCAUAUCAUACUACUUGUUGACA